AUCGCGCUUGAGUGCUGGCGCCCUCUAUACAGGUAUUGCAAUUGAGAUCAAAAUGGCGACGAGCAGAGGACUACACGCACGGACGGAUUUGCAAGUUCCGAACGAGCCCAUCGUCUACAAUGAACUUGCAAUUCGCACCAACAUGUCCAUUUUGUCCUACUGUCGGACCUUUGUAUCGGCCAUCUCGGGCUCAUCGGCAGGGAUUCUGGGAUUGACAGGCUUGGAGGGUUUCAUCUUCUACUUCAUUGUCUCGUUUGUCUUCUCUUUGAUGCUUUGCGUGAAGGCAGGACGUAACUGGCAAGAAUUCUUCAGGCACAGACAACCCCUAGUCACCAGUGGGCUGUUCGGUGGACUAUUUACAUAUGUGCUAUUUUGGACAUUUCUGUACGGGAUGGUGCAUGUUUACUGAUGAUGGCAAGAUGAGACAAUUUGAAAGCAUACUUCACUGAAAAUCACAGCGCAAAAUGUCCGAUGCGUUCCUGCAUUCAGAGAGAUUAUUCAGUGGUUGUAUUCCUGUGCAAGAAUAUACUUUGUGACUCGUCCCAACCAACUGAGUCUGACUCUGAAUUCAUC